CCUGCUUCCUGUCGUUCAUUCACGCACGUGAAGGUCAGCAAAGAAAGCCGUUCGGCAAAGAUAAUUCAAAGAAAUAGUAUUAUAACAUUAAAUUUUAGAAAAUAUGGACAGUCAAAGCGCGACAGCAGACCCCCAGCUUCAACACUUUAUUGAAAUCGAGUCUCAGAAACAGAGAUUUCAGCAGCUGGUGCAUCAAAUGACAGAGGUUUGCUGGGAAAAAUGUAUGGAUAAACCCGGACCAAAGCUCGACUCCAGGACUGAAAUGUGUUUCGUUAACUGCGUGGAGCGAUUUAUCGACACCAGCCAGUUUAUCCUAAAUAGACUGGAGCAAACACAAAGGAGCAGGGGGGCAUUCUCGGAGACCAUGACGGACUGAAAACUACCACUGAAAAGAUGUAUGACACACACAAGGUCAGCGACUGUCUGUGAGGCGGCAGCUUGAGUCGGAGACAGUUGUCUGUACAGCACCCUCACUGUCCAAUCAACUGGGAGCGACGUGAAGAGCCACUUUGGAUACAAGUGCCUGAGAUCAACACCAUUACUGGACUCGUGUAAAAGUUGAGUGCUUUAUUCGUCCUCUGCUGGAAAAUGAGUGUUAUAAAAUGUUUAGACUGUAGUCUUUUGCUGACUAUGUCAAUUCAUUUAAUUUGAGUAAGUAUACAUUCAAACUGUGAAGCCCGGUUUGAACGUGUCAUCAUUCACUGAAAGGUAGUUGCUUCUGGAAUAUUUGGCUUGCUAGCUGCUUGUGACAGCCACAAGGACUUCACCAUACACUGAUGUCAAAUAAAAGACCCUUCAAUGUCAAGAAUGAAGAGACAAGCUCAAUAGUUAAAGAUUCUGGACUGUACAUAGGCAAUAAACAAAAUGCUGAAUAAUUUUGUCCACUCUUUUGGAAAUUGUAUUAAACUGAAUUUGUAGUUA